GCCACCCGGAAGCGCCGCGGCGGGGGCGGUUGCUGCGCAGGCCUCGUUGCGGGCCGCCAUCGCCUGUGAGGGCCCGCAGCCAUGUACAGGCCGGGCCCGCGCCCUUCCACGCCUCCGUACGCGGGCGGCGGGUUCCGCAGCCCAUCUUCCGGCGGGGGCCCCGUGCCGGCCUCUCCGCGGGGCUUCGGCAGCCCCCGCCUCACGCCGCCCUUCGCGCACCGGCCGGGCCCCUAUGGCGGCGGCGGCCCGUCGCCCCGCGGGCGGCUUGGCAGCGCCUCGCCGGGGGGGCAGACCCCGCGCCGCCCGCACGGUGCCAGCCCGCGGUACCCGCCUCCCUACGGCGGUGGCUCCCCGGCCGGGGCGGCCCCCAACCCGCUGCAGCACAAGCACUCGCCCGGGGGCUUCCAGAGGCGCUACCAGGGAUCACCCAGGACAUCUACUCCAUUUGGUACAGCGCAUGGCAGAGAGAAAAGAGUGUCUAAUGAUGUGGAAAACUAUUACAGACCUUCAAUGCUUGAGGACCCAUGGGCUGGCCUAGAGCCAGUUUCUGUUACAGACAUAAACCAACAAUACAGCAGUGAGCAAACAACAUAUACUGGUAAAAAAGGGAGGUAUUUCAGCUAAUACUUUUAAAGGCCAAAUAACUCCAUCUUGUCAGGAAAACUUUGGGACAGAAUCUUUACAGUUACACAAGUUGAACAGUAAUCAAGACGUUAGAUAAUGCUUUUAUUUGAUCCCGUGUCCAUUCUUUUAUCCUACUUUUUUUUAUUGCAUUGGAUAUUUUUAUGUAUGGGGGGAAAAGGAGUGGUAGGAAAACUUACAUUUCUGGCUACAAGGAAGUGCCUACCAGCUUUGAAGAACAAAGUGUUCUUUAAUCACCAGCGACUGAUUUCUGACUGUUAAAACAGGUUUCCAUAUAUUUACCUCUUCCAUGCCAGAUUGUUAGCUUUUUAUUGUAAACUCCUUUAGGAAAUGGUAUUUUUUUAUGUUUCAGCAUUUUUAGAGUGAAGUAACUUGGAAAUAAAAUAAAAGUUUUGUAAAUCCUUGUUUUGUAAUGUGUAAAGAUUAUUUUAGGACUUCUGUUAAGGUGUACACAUUAACACCAAUCAUACUAGUGAAAUUAGGUAACUUCUGUAAAUGUAUUUGUAUGCUGUAGUUAACUUCCGAUUUUGUGCACAGUAUUUUUUGUUAAUUGUAGUGUAAAAUGAAAUUGAAACACAACUUUUGGCCAUCUCAGGAAACAAAUGUAUUGUCUUCGGAAGGUUUGAUUUGUUGAACCAGCUCUUGAAUCGUAAACAUAAUUCUGUAAUAAUUUAUUUCUGUAUUUUUAAAAAAAUCUUAUUUGGAAAAAAAUUGGAUAUCUCUGGAUUAUAGUAACAGGUCUGUUUGGUGGCAAUUUAAGUCUAAGGAGCGUAUAAAACAUCAAGAUCAAAUAAAGGUAAAUGUACUUGAUGGAUCCAUCCGUUAGAAUAGCAUCAAAUGACUGCUGGUUUGUUAUACAGUUCAUAAUAGUACAUGCAUUGCAUCUUUGGGGUUUUUUUUAAUCUAUAGAAGAUUUUUCAAGUGUCUUAAAAAUAUGUUUUUUAUUUUUACCUUUGGCAGGCAUAUUUGCCCAGAGAAGUCUUGUUUUGUGUGCGUGCAUGCCAUAUUUUUAUACUGAAGAGGAAAACAAUGAGGAUUUUUAGAGCUUGUUUAUGCCUGGAUUAUUAAUUUUUAAAUCCAGUAGCAAAUACUGUAAUCUAGAAUAAUUUCAGCUGCAGGCAUGCUGUUAACGUGCCAUGUUAAGCCUGCAGUGGAUAUCUCAAUUUUUGUUGAACCUACUGUUAUUUGUUUUUUGGUCUUGGCUUUUAAAUAGUAGGUAGAGAAUGAAAACUUAGUUAAAAAUAAAUAAAUAAAAGCAUUAGUUCAGAUUUCAAAACAUAUGUUUUGUUUUAAAGCUUUGUACAUACUUCACAGGAAACAUAUUUUUGUAGUCCUGAAGCAUGGUUAGGUAGAAAAGCACAGGAAAUCACAUUAGGCUGCUGUUAGUAACUUGUCUUUUACUGAGGUAGAAUAGUCCUAUGUACUUGUUUAUCUGUUUUAGCCUAAAAUGUCUUGGUUUAAUACCACCCUCAGGAACAACUUUAAACUGGAAGGGCGGUUAACGUCUUGAAAUGUGCUAGCUGACAGUCUUGCACUUUUAUGACCAUAAUCUAAAGUUUGUCACUUGUCUUUCCACAGUUCAUCUAAUCAUUUUACUAUUACAUCCAGGAAUGCUACUCAGAGAAACGAGAACAUAAUGCCUGCUUGAUAUCGUUAAAUCCAUAUUGAAUGGUUAAAUCUUCAUCCCAGAAUCAAACCCACGCCUUAGGCAGCUGUCAGUAUUGUCGUCUGUUAACAUGUACCAGCAAAACUGACAUGACUUGACAAGUUGUAGAUAGAAUUUAUAAAUCAAUUAAUCGAUGUAAUUGCGAAAAGAGAUAAGGUUUUCUUUUCUUUUUAAACCAUGUCAGGUGCUGUAAAGCUGACAAAGAAAGUUACAGGGUGCUUAAACCAGUCAUCUUUUUUGUUACUAUUUCCUUUGUAAUGCAAUGCAGUUUACUUUGCGCAAUGUUGGGUGAUUUGGGGGAAACGGGUAUGAUGCUAUUGAAGAGACUAAAGUUUUGAUGUGUUCCCAGUUAGACAUGAGAAGAAACUGGGUUUGGAAAAGAGAAAGGAAAGGAUUCAUGACAGAAGAGACUCUUAGAGGUGGGACUGCUUAUAUUGUAGCUGACAUCAGCUCCCCUUGCACAUUGCAAAGAUGCAUUUUUCCACUUUGGCUUUGCGGUUGACCCAGGGAUCAAAGCCAUCUCCUCUGGUAAUAACUGUUAACUCGUGGAACCAGGUGUCAGACAUCAACGAAGGUAAAUGUUCCAGAAAGAGAAUUAAGGAAAUAAUCUUGAAGCAUUGUUUAAUCAAUACAGGCCUUCCACAUUGCCAUCUGUUAAGCUGCUGCUCCAGCGCACUUCAAGAUAUGACCCAACAGUUAUAAGUACAUCAUACUGCUAAAGCCUCCAAUACUUUGGUCAAGAAUCAACAAGGAAUUAAAAUGUAGAUGUAAUAAACGUGCUAUCCUCAUCAUGCUGCACCGAAAACUUAAGUGAUUCACCUUUCUGGCUUUUUUGCAAUUAUAUCAAAAUUUCAAAAUGUUGUUGUUGAGUAGCUGUAAAACGCAUGAACACAUGUUCAGAACUAUAAAUAUAAUCUACUUAAAGCAAAUUUAAGCUUUGGCUCUUCUGCUAUGAUAUCCAGGAAGCUUAACCACUUCCUUCUCUGAUUUUUCUCCUUCCCAUAUGGUGAACAUUCUUUUUCCCUCACGUGUUUUUAAUGGGGCUAGGAUGUCAUUUCCUCAUUUGUUAAUGAAGCCACUUCACAGUAACAGUAUGGCUCUAGAAAUAGCGUUUGAUGAUUAAAAAGUACAGCACAAGUACAUCAUUUCUUUAUGAGCCAAUGAAACAAUAGUGCCUGUGUCUUGUUAACGAAGGGAUUCUUCUGUAAUGAACACGCUAAGAAUACGAGCAUUGUUCAGCAGACUUCUUAAACUUUAAGGUAAGUCAUUUAACUACCCUUUUCAGAAGUUUGUAUUGAUUUUUUUUGUUACAUUUUGUUUGUGUUGUGUUUGUGUGUCAAGUCUAUCUGACUUUCCCUUCAGUUGUUGUAAAGGAGUUGUGUAAUUCAUGACUAACUGUCUUCUAGCGAAAAUUCAGUUUCGUUUGUUGCUGUUUGCUGCUGUGUUUAACAACAAACUGCAUUACUGCUACACUGUGCUAGUAUUGCAGUAAGAUAUCUUAAAUCCUCGGGGUACAGUUCUCUUUAACAUGGCAACACACUGGGCAGGGAGUUACCCCACACUGUAUACUGUGUAAUACUUCAAAGAUAGUUCAGGUUUGGGGUUUCACUGCACCGUUAUGAUGCAGACUAUUCAUUCUUCUCUGGCACUUUGGAGACACUAUUUUACAUUGAAAUUGUGAAACAAUUUAGAAUGUUAAAAUUUCAAUUAAAAUAGGAUUUUAAAAAUUCAUGUCAAGCUUAGCAAUAAGGUAUUGAGAUGUAGUGUUUUUCUAAUGUCAAAAUUGGAAACACUUUGCAGGAGAAAUGCUUCUGGUCAACAGAAUGGGUAACUACUUUUACAGUCGCGUAUGUUUUCUUUUCCUGUUUAAGGGUGUCUUUAUAUGCUCUUCACUUUAUUAAAUGUGUUAAUUAGAUAGCUGAGUGGGAGCAUUUGAAAUAUGCAUUACAUAGGAAGUCUACAAGUAGCUGUUCAGUUCCCCUGUAAAGAAAAGUAUUUAUAGUCUGGGUUUCAAGGUGUGCUUGUGUGUAAUCUCAUUGAUGUCAGAAGAUUUACUCAUAAAACCAAGAAUCAUGAGUAUUUUAAUGUUACAGUUUGAAAAUUGUAUCAUCGCUUUGUCUGCCAGUGCUUUUUACCAACUCUGCAAUAAACUGCUCUGUUUAGCAAUUGCUCUGGAUUCAAAUUCAUAUGUGUGCUUUGAUGCAUGAGCCAAGACCGUUUCACAGUGAAUUGAAGUUGGUUUUACAACAUUUUCUUGAAUUCUCAAGAGUAACAGUUUUGUUCUCCUUUCCCCAAGUCUUGGCAUCUUCCUUAUACUAGAACAUCUUGUACUAGAACAGAAAAGAGAGGAUUGCCUAUCCUGGUUGGUGAAGAAUGAUGUAAUGAUUUUCAUGUCUGGGGCUUUUAGAAGCUUGUGUACUGAUUUUUAUGGGUAAUUGCAUGAACUUUUAUAUCAUUUGAGAUGGCUCAGACGACUGCAUACACCAGAAGAAAGGAAAAGUUGUGUUAAUGCAUAACAUACUAUAGUUGCAGUGUUCUCCAGUUAGUUCAGUUAAUAUUUUUUCUACAGUAACUUUCCAUCUGAGUGUCUCACUAAGGACAAUUUGAAUCAGUUUCAUUUUCUGAUAUUUUCACUAUACUGUGUGCUUUGCUGACUCAGAGUACAAGACCAUUUUCUCAAGCUGGACUUCUGGAUUUUAACAAAACUACUAGCUGCUGUGUGUUAGACCUCAAUUCUAGGCCUUCCCUUGAAGCAUUUUAGAUCUGACUAAAAGAGGUUUAUCUCAUCUUCAUUACUUCCUGAUGACACUAAGAAACCUUUUCCUAGACCAGUAGUCACAGUUGGUGCUGCAACAGAGUCGUCAAACUAUCCUUCCUCUGCAAGAGGUUACCCAUGAUUUCCUGUCAUUCCAGUCCAGUAGAGCCCAGGAGGUGUUUUGAGCCAAAUAGACAUCCAUUUCAUUUCACCAGCUGUAUGUGGGUUGCAGCAUUUUAAAUCAUAUGAGUAGUUUGCUUAGGGCACAUCCUGGAUUUUAAAUUUUACCAGUAUUAUAAAUUCUAUUUUGUAAUCUAACUCCCAAAACUCCAGCAUGUUCUCUUCUGCAGCAGAAUCAUAGGUGAAUUCUACUGCCCUUUGUUCACUGAUCUGUGGCUGUUGCACAUUAAUUUUCUGAACUAUGAUUUAAACAUUUGUGUAUAACAAAAUAUAGUUCUUGUGUCUAAAAAUGGUCAUACCAAUACAGUUCCAGAGUGCAAUUUUUGAUACUACUGCUAUUAAAAUAAGAGAUUCUCUGUCCCCCUUUAACAAGGCAAAAAUAAAGCAAAAACUUAAGCAGUUGAGAUCCUGAGCUAGAAAAUGCAGUCUGCUCAGUAUGAGAUGGAUUGUAUGAGUAGGGAUAUCAUUACAACUCAGCACCUCUAUUAACCUGUUUCCAGAUUGCAGGUAGAAUAGGUUUUUAACAGUGAGCUGAAAAAAUAUCAUCCCACUCCCUAAUAAGACAGAAAAAGGUAUUUCUCAAAAAAUAACUUGUACAGAGAAGAAAAACUCUUGUGCGGGCUCAAAAUUCUUACACAGCCUCACAAGCCACGAGACUCGUCUUGUUCGUGCUUUUCUUCUGGAAGUGCUGACUUCUUACUGAUGACUUCAAGGCUUCUCGUGACAUGAACUUCAUUCAAAGUCAUCAAAUCACCAUUUAAUCUGUUCUCUGAUGAGUGAGAAGUCUGUUUUACAUAGAAUAUUGGACAUAACUCAGUUUCACAAAACUGUAGGGGAUUUAAGAAGAUUUUGUCAUUAGAUUAGCGUGUAUUUAUUUGUUAAAUUUUUAGAGUAAAGUAUUCCUGCAUUUUGGUUUCAAAUGUCAGUGGUUUUUGGCAGUAAAAAUGUUAUGCAUUGAAGUUCUCCCAGGGGAGUAACUCUCCAAUAUUAAAAUUCAUUCCCAGGUUUGGGAUUCUGAGUACUCAUUUUUUUCCAGGUAACAGUGACAGGAUUGAGGAGGAUGUAUUAAAUUUAUUUUUUGUGCACCUCCCAAAAAGAAAAGUUUAAUUAUUUAAAUAUUGUUAAUUGAAGUAGUGAUGGUGGUUGCAUACUAUUGUACAAAAGAGUCUGAGACUCCUUCCUUUCGGACUUGAAAGAGGAUACAUUUUCCAGAACCAGCCAACACACUUCACCCCAGCAUGCUGGGUCAGAGCUUUUACAGUUGAGAUGCUGGGAUGGAAAUCAUGGUCUACACAGUGCCAGAUGGGCUAUGGGAAAAGGGACAUCAUUGCAAUUUGUUGUAACCUGAAUUAGCCCAUUUCCAGAUUGCAGCUAGAAUGGGAUUUUAUCAAGGACAAAACAACCAAGACUCCUUACCUCUCACAUACAUGCAAACACACCUCAAGGAAUUUUUCUGAGUUUCCAAUGAGCUGCUCUGUUAUUGGGGUUAAAGAUAAGAGAAUUUAAAUUGUUCUUUCAUGUGUUCAAUAGUGACAGCAUCUUAGGAGCCAAAGAAGUUGACAUCACAUCCAGCUGAAAGUUUUAAAAGACUUCUUUUUAAAAUGGGCUGCACCAAAACUGUAUGAACUAUUCUGUUUUUAUGGGCAGUGGUAGUGCUGCUCGAUGCAGUAUUAAACUAACACUUAAACCUUCUGGUAUCCACAUGUAUUUUGCCACAAUCUGAUUGCUAUGUAGUCAAGAUAGUUAAAAGCUGUUAGUGUUGAGUCAACAAGUAUUUGCUGUGGGUUUAAAUCUUUGUAGUUUGCAUGAGAAAAUUCCUAGGGGUUCAAACUGCUGAACAUGAUGUCGGUGCAACUAUUAGUAUAAAUACUAAUAAGUGGAAGAACAAAACCUCUGAUGCUGAUGCAAGUCAUUCCCUUUUCAAGCAUCACACAAGCUAAUGCUGAAAUAGGGAAGAAUAAUCAAGCUAAUUGACAACUUCUGUGGGUGACUACACAGCAUAAACCACAAAACUUACAAAGCGAACGUAAGCUUUAAAAAACACGGAUUUCCAACUGGGGAGUAUUAUCAACAGUAAUUGGAUUGUAAGCAAUAGUUGCACAGAACUUUUAAAGUGAAACCACUUUUUCCUGAGGCUUAAUGAAGAUUUUUAGGUUAGUGUAAAAUAAGACUUUGAGCUGUAUUCCCGUUACAGAUGUCUGGAAGAUACGUGUUACUAUUUCUACAGUUGAGUUUGUAGAAGAGAAUAAGUAUCUACUCCACUUGUCUGUGAAGACUAACAUUUUUGCAUAAGUCUCAUUUCAUCAGUAUUUUUUUAAGCUAAGAUAAAACACUGCAUUUGAAAGUCUCGGGGACCAUCAAGAUUAAAGAAUUGAUACCUGCAAGUGGUCCAAGUGUACAACUGGGUUGGUAACUGUAAGAAGGCACCAAGGGUCCAUCUGUCCAUUCCUUGCCAUUCCACUUUCCUAAAGCUAUUUCCCUUGUUUAAAUUGCCUCCUGGUUGCUAUGGCAAUUAAAUUGCACCAAGGAAGAUUAUUUGGUUGUUCAUUUCCAGAUGUUAAGAAAGCAGUAUGUGCACAAUGGGCAAGAGGUUGAGGAACUGCUAUACCUGCUCUCAAAUGAAUGAAUUGCCAAAUUGUGUCCCUGUUGAAACUGAAGACGGCUCUCACUACCAGCAGUGUUUCUGUACUUAGAGUAGCUUCUAGAAUAAAGUUCUAAAUAUGUAGAAAGCUUGCGCAACGAACCUUUCUAUCUUUCUUUUCAGGGUAUCUGUUGCAUCUGGUUGCAUUUUUAUGACACUAAUUUCCUCUCAGAAUAAUUGGUGGAUGUUUUAUACAUUGACUCUCCUGUUGCCUACCAUCCUCACUGCUGUGAGGACAGGAAGGAAUAGUUUCUGUCUCUCAAACAACUGGUAAUACCCUGGUUUAGUUUCUCUCUCCUAUUAAAUCUCCCCAGUAAGCGAGUGACAAAACUCUCUUUUCAUUAACCAAAUCUCUGACACUUUUCUUCUUACAGUUUCAGAAUAAUUGAUUCUAAUACAUCAAUAAACACAUCCACAAGGCUUUGUGUACUCUGUAUCUCCAGCAAACAGUUUAAAGAGACCUACCAAAAGUGGGUAGAAGGGUUUUUUUUUUAUACUCUAUCAAAAGAAGAUUAUUUAGGUAGUCUUAUCAUAAUUUCCUGAAAAUGUCAAGAAAAAUGGUAUUUCAGUAGAAGUUACAACUCUCCAUCUCCUGUGUUUCUGUUCAGUGCAAACAACUCCUUUUUAUCAGAUUUAGGAAUCAGGGAUCGUCUGUGAUUAUUUUGCCUCCAUGUUUCUCCAGACAAGCCAGCAUGAAAGAUCUGAGCAAAUAGGAGAAAAAUAAUGCACAGUUCUAGAAACAGCUUUAAUCCCUAUAUUCCUCUAAACAGGAGGUCACCUUACGAAUAUGAACGUUGCUUUUAACAUAAACCAAUGCAUUAAUUACAUUAGUUAGGCAUCACAUCACCCUUUAGAGAGGCUAACAGUAUUGUUCCAUCAUUUUACAAGUGUGAGAACUAAAGAAUAGCAAGAGAAAGUGUCUUGGUUAAGCCUUAGUACAACUAAAAGACAGAAGACAACCCAGUGUUUCGCAUCUCCCCCACGCCAUUCCUUAAAGCUGAUUAAUCAAUAAAGAUUUCAGAGCAAGUUUCAAAUUCAUCACCUUCCUGGGAGGAGGGAUGCCAGCAGAAAGGCAGCUGUGCUUUCCCACACAUACCAGCAAUAAAUGGUAGCUGUUUAAUUUUGUGAGCAUCUCUAUCUGUGCCACAGCUAUUUAUUAAAUGGUCCAGAUUCUGAUAGAUCUGCCAAAUCACUUGUGUAUUCCUGAGCAUUUUUCAGUUUUGCAGUAAAUAAUACAAACAGACUGAGGAGCAUUGCUUUUAACAAAAGAAAUCUACUUUUUACAUUGUUAGCAUGCAAGGACUUGGAACAAUUGAGAAUCUCCAUGAUUUCUUCAGUAAUCCACACAUCUGUGAGGUUCACAGCUCUUGAGGAGAGCUGCAUUUCAAGUCUUCCCUGGCCAAAAUAAAAGUAUGCCAAAUUAUACUUUUUUUUUUUUUUUUUUAAUUGAAGGUAGUUUUGUCCAAAAAAAAAAAGUGCAAAAUUGUAUUCAAAAGCAAAUUCCAUCACUGGAGAAUUAAAUGGAAAUCCCUGCUGAAGUUAACAGGGGUUUGGAUUCCAUCCUUUUUCUGACCUAAAAUCUGCAGUGACAGCAGAAACAAUUUCAAACUAAGGUAACAGUUCUCAUGCACAACACUAUAGCAAUGGAGGUCACAGGCUCCUAAGGAACAGAGAGGGAUGCUUGUACUACUGAGUUUCACUGCAUAUGGAAGUGGUUUAUGCUGUAAUUGAAAGUGUAGCUCCUUCCAGUGGAAGAUUCUCAAGCAAUUAUCACAGACUAAACCAGUUUUCAGCUCCACUAGCCAGGAAUUUAACGAGGCACGUUUUUUUAUGACCAGUAUCUUCAUAGUGGAAAGAUGCCUGAUCUGGCAAAGCACCUGCUCACUCGUCUCCUGGAGACAAAUGUGGUUCAGCUUUUCAGCUUAAUGAAUGAGGAAGCUACACACGACAGUGUUCUAAAGUAUCUAGUAAUAAAUAUUCUGUGCUUCAAACCAGAAAAAGAAUCCAUAAAUUCACUUCCAGAGUUGAGGUUUCUGUUUUUCAGUUUUUGGUUGUUUUUUGUUGGUUUUUUUUUGACAGAGCUUUAAGUGGCGUAAUCUCUUUCUAGAGCAUAAAACUGUCGUCAUAAUAAUGAUGAGUGGCUUAAUGGAUCUUAGUUUUAUAAAGCUACAGAAAAAUCAGACCUAAAAACGUUAAUGCGUCACUAGUCGUGUUUAAGCUGCGGAAGCACUGAAUUUAAUGUUCCAACAAUAACCAAUAUAUUGUAUCACGUUGAUGGUGUUUCACAGAGGUUUAAAACAAGCACUACAAACCUGUUUUGUUGCUUUUUCUGACUAACUAAAGAACAUUUAAUGUCAACUUCAGCAGCUUUUUCAUUCCCUCUGAGGAACAGUAGGAGCUGCCAGCUUCUCCAGUAGAGUUUAGAGCACCCACUAUACAAAUGAACUACCAGGAAGAGAUCUAAUCCAAUUUGUUGGGUCUGUUUAUGUGGUUUUGAAUUUCAUAUAGCUAUGGCAUGGUUACCUCUCCUGUCCUGAGAAAUGCUCUGGUGGAGUUACACAACUUGUCAAAGCAUCGUACAACCAAUUGCUACGCUAUUGGAAGAGGUUCAGCCAGUGUCCUAUUAAACAGUCUCUGUGCAGCAAAGCAUAUGCUUCUAUGGGUUUUGUGUUGAUUUUGUCUUGUCAAAUUGAUGUCUCAAUGUUGUGUGUUGCCUUGGUCAGUUAUCCCCUUUUCCUACAGAAGUUGUUUUGAGUCACAAUGGCACUUUUAACAACUAAAAAUGGAGUCCUUCCAACUGAAUGGCAGUGAAACAUCUGCAGUUGAUGUUCUAUCUGUUCCACAUGUGUAAUCCUGACCUUUUCCUGUUAUCUGCAGCCUCUCCUGUUGUCUGGAAAGUUUUAGAAGUUUUUACUUAGGCAUUAUAACUGAUCCCUCUCAUUCUCAUUACAUUUUUCUUCCCAAUUCUACAGAGGCAGUUGAUGGUCUUACCCCAUAUUUAAGCUACCAGCGUUCUUGUUUCAUUACAGAAUGCAAUGACUCUAUAUAAUUCUGUUGGAUACUGGUUACUCCUCCUCUGCUCUUGGUACCACAAAUAUAUCAUACAUGUGAAAUAUUUGAACCGAAAUAUAUUUUAACCAAGACAGGAGGAUGUCUCACAUUGUGACUGUAUCUCAAGUCAUCGUCUGGUUUUAGAAUUUGAGAGGAUUGUUUAGGUAGUCAUGCCAGUUUCACCAAGAGAUUUUGGUGAAAACUAUGUUGUCUUUAAAAUGUUGACAUUUUCUCAAACAUUUUUUCAUUCAUCUCUUCAAAGAGAAUAACAGAUGCUUUUAAACAAAUGUUGCUUCAAAAAAGUAAUUGAAAAGAAUUAUUCAUUUUAUGAACUACCUGUUACAAGGUAAGCCUCCUUUUAUUUUUUCCAUAUAAAUUUAAUGCAUACAAAUCCAUAUUUAAAUGAAUUAUGUGUAAUUAUGACUUCAUAUAAAUUGCCUACCUGUGUACCCAUACUCCAAGGCUACUAAAGUAGUAGGACAUAUAGUUAAAACUAAUUUCCUGUCACAGACUUCAUAUUAGCGUAUCCUUCAUGCAUUUCACAUUCAUCUUUUCUGCAAAGUCAAGAGCACUUUGUUUUCAUCACACUAACGAUCCACAUUCUAAAUAAACCCAGAGAGCACUGGAUUUCAAAUGCAGAGUAAUGCUUUGAUUUACUGCUUCCCAUAAUGAAGGGCAUAACAAAAUACAUUUAGAAUAGAAAAGCUCCGUUGCACUGAAACAAAUUGAGAAAUGAGAGAUGAAAAAGAAGAUCCAAGAGGCUGCGAGGUAGCAACAAAUGACAGGAAAGCGUGCAGAAGGUUUCCCUGGAUGUCAAUAAAGAAUUUACUUUCUUACAGUUAAGACUUAAGUGUAGUACUUAAAGAGAAAAAAAAAACAAACCGAAACACAAAAAAACCCAACCCCAAAAUGGAGCCUCCCAGGAGAUCAGUUGAAAACAGCAGCCGUCUCCGUUUUGUCUGAUGCUCGAAGCUGAAAUCGAGUUGAAUUUCUGAUAGAACAGGUCUGCAAAACUCUGUGGGAUUUGGGGUUUUUUUGUCAUUGUUCCCAAGAGGUAAUAUUGUUAUUGCAAGCACAGUUUGCAAAUAAAAAUUACUAGUGCCUGCAUGUCUUCUUUCACUGUCUUGCAUAAUUGUAUGUGCUUGCUUGGAAGUCUCAGAGCGGGAUCUGCAAUCUGUAAUGAGAUGCAAUCUGGGGAGAAAAAUGUACAGAGCUUCUAAUAAAGCCUGCCUGGUUUACAGUAAUACUUUCCUGAUGUGGAAUCACCUGACCAUCUCCAGAUAGGUUUUUAACUCUUAUUUACUACCCAACUUCUCAUAUACAUCAUUAACAGAUUUCUGUUCAUUUCCUAUAUUAUCUGUAUUUCUUGGUCUAUUUUUACCCCUGCCAUGAACAAUUUUCACCAAAAAAAGGAAAAUAAAUGGUCACAAUUAAUCUUUGUUCUGCAAUAACUGGGUAGCAGGCAGGAAGGUGCCUGUGCAAUCAGAUAGAAUCAUAGAAUCACAAGGUUGGAAAAGACCUCUUAGCUCAUCCUUGUAUUAAGGGCAAGGACUCCAGCCCAGAGAUGACAUGGGUUUCCAAGAGUAUUUGUAGGUGCAGGAAGGAUACAGGGCAGCACAGGGGUGACUUGGUCUGCUGGUUUUGUGCACCGCACACAUCAUCCUUCAUUUCCCAAGAUAAAGAUGUGUUUUCAUU